AUGAGUGGCAAAUCUACCGGGACCCGCCCAGGCAGUGCUGCCGGGUUGCAAUCGCCUCCUCCUAGCGACAACGAGAGCCCACCGCUGUAUGCUGGCAGUCAUCUCGCUAAUGAUCCAAGACUGCCACCAACAGCCGGGCAGGUCAUCACCCCUCCCUCGACGCCACCGACAUCCGAAAAGGAUAUCAACAAGCACGGUCGAGCAGCGUCCAUCUCCUCGACGUCGAGCACGAGCACCAAGGCUUCUUCGUCGUACUACGCGCACGCUUCCAAGAAAGGUCUCAAGUUCAAUGGCGUCACCGUCGAGGAUGUCGAAGAAGCAGCCGAGACCGACUCCAACCUGUACAGCAUCGGCACCAGACGCAAUGUCCAUCCUUUCGUGGAGCUGGACGAAGUGCGAGCUCAUCUGAAGCUGCUGCACGCCUUUGACGUGCUGCGCGAGAGCGUCUACCAAGCUGCAAAAGACGAGGCCAGCGCUCCCGCUCCUGCGCACGACGACCAACGGCUUCCCGAAUAUGCUAGAACGGAGACUCCACCCCCCGGUCACAACGAAGAUCCAGGCUUCGAUGCGACGUGCCAAAAGGCUUGGAGCACUUACCUCGUCCAUGCAGUACACCGCUUCGAGCUCUGGCUCUCUCACAUUCUUACCGAAUUCAACGCGCGCCACAUCCACUCUUCUCCAGACCUGGGAGAGGUGAGCGUUCCGUGCAGGAAGCCUUCGAACAUCAUGGAGAUGCCGCAGCAAUGCAUGCCGCCCAUCGAUGUAGCGAUGAUCUAUCACAGCUACUGCCUUAACCCCGGUUGCUUCUUCGAUGAUCUACUCAGGCUCAAGAGCAGAACCGCACUUGCCAGCUACGACUUUCCUGUCAAACAGUUGGCCGAGAACAUCAUCAUCGAUGGAGUCUCGGUCAGGUUCGCCAACGCGCCAGCUGAGCGACUGUGGUCCACAACCAUCACUCAAGAGCCGUGGUCGUCUCCACUGACGACGCCCAAGUUUGACGCAAACCAGGACUCUCAGACGUCCCUGUACGGCAAGCAUAUUCCGUGCUGGCGUCAAUUCUGCAAGGCAACCACCUUUGUCCCAUGGCGCCGAUCAGACGGACAACCUAGUCUGGGAGAAUCAGCCAUCCCAUCUCAAGACCCUUCCAAAGCUUGGUCAACGCCAUGUCAGAAAUGUGGAGCGACGUUGAACAGCGACCGCUGCAAUGGCAAGGCUUUUGCUCAGGAUUUGUCACAAUGGUGCAGAUCGGAAAAUUUCCGCACUCGAGGUCUCACAUUCUCACCCCGCGAUGGCGGUCUCUUCUCCCACGAUCUCGCCGAGCCUAUCUUUGUCCAGCUCUUCGAGCACUCGCCCUAUCGAACGCUCGAUCUGGCCCUGGCGAGGGCGAAUGCGCGAACGAAGGGCAAGGUGGGCCAGCAAUUGCAGCAAGAUCCCAUGAGAUGGGCUUUCGAUCAGACGCGAUCGGGGUCGAUGAAGACCAUGGCAGAAGACAUUGCUACCACUAUCAUGGCCCUCAAGACACAUUCCCUGCGAUCGCGCUCGGCGGAAGCCCUGUUCAAGAGACGGAUUGGCUUCGUGCUGAAGAACUACGUCGAGGCGGAAGCUGCUGUUGGACGAGGAUCUGUGGAUCUCGCCAAGGCUGUGCAGAGGCAAUUCAGCUUUGUCGGGGAGAUGAAGAGAUUAGGCUGGAGCGAUCCUCGAGCUUUGGCCGAAGGCACCGAAGAGGCGAGCUAUGCGCGCGCGAUAGUUAGGUAUCACUCCUGGCAAGCUUUGAUGGCCACCGAGAAGCAGAUGCUGGUGCCUACGCUCGACAUCGACCUGAUCUGGCACACACACCAACUCAAGCGGAGCUACGCGUACGACAUGAUGCGCAAUGUGGGUCGCUUCAUCGAUCAUGACGAUAAGGUUGAAGAAGGCGCUCUGUCGGACGCGUUCGAACAGACCAGCCAGCUUUGGUUCAAGAGGUACAAGCAACCUUACUCUACUUGCGGAUGCUACAAGCCGCCCGAGAGUAUGGUAAGGCAAUUUGGAAGCUUCUUCAAAGGUACCGGCUCGCUCAAGCAGCGCAUGAAAGCUUCAAAGCCUCUGAGGCCUGGCGACAUGCCCGAAGGUGCGUGGAACUCAGAAGUUGGUCUCCGCUUCUACAUGCGCAAAGCUGACCUUGCUGUUCUUUGCUCUUACAGACGCCUUCGACGAUGCGCUACACCCCUCCACCCACAACAGCGUGGUAAUCAGACCUGCAGAGGGAACAGUCCUCGAUGCUGAUGCUGCGGGAUCGUACGCGGUUACAAGGCAGAGGGCACAGCAAAGGCGCAACGAUGCACAGAAGGCUGAAGAUGAUGGCGAUAGGCGCAGAGGUCACGAUGCAGCCUUUGUGUGAGUAGCUUUAUCCCCCUCAUCCUCGUGUCGACUUAGUACACUCUCAUGCACGACUACUCGCCGCUGACAUUGAUACUGUUUGUCACUCAUGGCGCUUUAGUUAUGGAGCAGGAUACGUACCUCUGUACCCCUACGUCGUUGUGCCGGGCUACUAUGGAGGAGCAGGCAUGUGCGCCGGGGGAAGCACGGGUUCGGCUGGCUGUUGCGGCAACACUGCUGGGGCUAGCUGCGCCGCAGGCAGUGGGUGCGGAAGUGCAGCGAGCGGAGGCUGUGGUGGAGGCGGAGGUGGUGGCGGAUGUGGAGGGGGCGGUGGGUGCGGCGGUGGAGGGGGCGGUGGGUGUGGCGGUGGAGGAGGUGGAUGUUAG